AUGUAUUCGAUAUCAUCAUUCAACGCGUACUUCUGCCCACUUCCAGGCUAUUUAUUGUCUCGGAUUGAGGGGGUAUCGGGCUCCCCGGAGAAACCUCUCUCUGACCUGGGCCGUCUCUCCUAUGAGUCCUACUGGCGCUCCACUCUGCUACCUCUAAUAUUUAACACAGAGGGGAACAGCGGUGGAACCUUGACUUCUGUUGUCACUAUUCGUCAGAUGACCGAAGCCACUGGAAUUGACGUUCAUGAUGUCGUAAACACUCUUCAACAACUCGCCUCUAGUGUCCAACUGGAUAGCCAAUGUGACAGGUGA